UAACAAUUUGCUGAGAGUCAUCAAUUAUGCAGGGUAGCCGCACGCACUGGGAAGGAAGAUAGCAGCAACAAUAUGGCGACAGCCGCAGUUACUCCCGACUCUUUUCUACAUCUGCAGUUCAGUGACAGCUGUCUGGAUUUCUGUUAAUGCGAGAAAAAAGCUGGAUGUCUGGGAUGGAAAACAAAUAAAGAGGAAAUAGCUGCAGGAUGAAAACAUGGCCGCACCCCUUCUUGCACCCCCAGGACCUGACAGCUUCAAGAAGUUCACCCCGGAGUCUCUCGCUAAUAUCGAGAAGCGCAUCAACGAAGAGAAGAACAAGAAGCCGCCGAAGCCCAGAUCGGACAGUAGUCACCGCGACACAUCUGACGACAAUGAACCCAAGCCCAACAGUGACCUGGAGGCUGGGAAGAGCCUGCCCUUCAUCUACGGCGAUAUUCCUGAUGGAAUGGCGGCCACACCGCUGGAGGAUCUGGACCCAUUCUAUUUGAACAAGAAAACAUUUAUAGUCCUAAACAAAGGAAAAACACUCUUCCGCUUCAGUGCCACGCCCUCCUUGUACAUCUUAAGCCCUUUUAAUCUACUUAGGCGAAUAGCUAUUAAGAUUUUGAUACAUUCGUUAUUCAGCAUGAUCAUCAUGUGUACCAUUUUGACCAACUGUAUAUUCAUGACAUUUAGUGAUCCUCCAGAGUGGUCCAAACAAGUAGAGUAUACCUUCACGGGUAUCUAUACAUUUGAGUCACUCACAAAAAUUGUUGCCCGAGGUUUUUGUAUCGAUGGGUUCACGUUUCUCAGAGACCCAUGGAACUGGCUGGACUUCAUGGUCAUCUCAAUGGCAUAUAUAACAGAGUUUGUGGACCUUGGAAAUGUCUCGGCGCUGAGAACGUUCAGGGUUCUCCGAGCAUUGAAAACUAUUUCUGUCAUUCCAGGCCUGAAGACCAUUGUGGGUGCUCUGAUCCAGUCUGUGAAGAAGCUGUCGGAUGUGAUGAUCCUGACUGUCUUCUGUCUCAGCGUCUUUGCUCUGAUUGGGCUGCAGCUGUUCAUGGGGAACCUGCGGCAGAAGUGUGUAAUCUGGCCAAUCAACAUGACUGAGCAGACCCUGGCAAAUGGCAGCAGGGGCUUUGACUGGAAUGAAUACAUCAUGAAUGACUCCAAUUUCUACUUCCUUCCUGAUCAACUUGAUGCUCUACUAUGUGGAAAUAGUUCUGACUCAGGACGAUGUCCAGAGGGCUUCACGUGUAUGAAAGCUGGAAGAAACCCCAACUAUGGUUACACCAGCUUUGACAGCUUUGGAUGGGCUUUCCUGACCCUCUUUCGGCUCAUGACUCAAGACUUCUGGGAGAAUCUCUACAUGCUGACUCUGAGAGCUGCUGGGAAGACCUACAUGAUCUUCUUUGUGCUGGUCAUUUUUGUGGGCUCCUUCUACCUGGUGAAUCUCAUCCUGGCUGUGGUGGCCAUGGCUUAUGAGGAGCAGAACCAGGCCACGAUUGAGGAGGCGGAGCAAAAAGAAGCUGAAUUCAAGGCCAUGCUGGAACAGCUCAAGAAGCAGCAGGAGGAGACACAGGCUGCAGCCAUGGCGACAUCUGCCGGUACGGUGUCAGAGGCUGCGUUAGAGGAUGAAGGAGGGGGGCACUUGUCCCGCAGCUCCUCCGAAGUCUCCAAGCUGAGCUCCAAGAGUGCCAAAGAGCGUCGCAAUCGCAAGAAGAAAUGGCGUCAGAAAGAGCAGGAGAAGGAGAAAGGAGAUAGUGAGAAGGUGGUUAAGUCUGAGUCCGAUGAUGGCAGCAAGAAAAGCACCAUUCGUUUCCCAGGAAGUCGACUAGGGAGGAAGACAUCAAUCAUGAACCAGUCACUCCUCAGCAUCCCCGGCUCACCCUUCAUGUCACGCCACAACAGCCGCAGCAGCAUCUUCAGCUUCAAAGGCCGUUCCAAGGACAUGGGCUCGGAGAAUGAGUUUGCAGACGACGAGCACAGUACAGUGGAGGAGAGUGAAGACCGCCGAGGUUCCCUGUUUAUACCUUACCGUCGCAACAGCUACAGCGGCUACAGCCAAGGCUCCUCACGGAUCCAUCCACUGGCACCCCACUCUGGAGGGAAGAGGAACAGCACAGUGGACUGCAAUGGCGUGGUGUCUCUCAUCGGCCCUGCCGGCAGACGCCUUCUGCCUGAGACUACAGACGUGGAGAUUAAGAAGAAGCACUCUGGCUCUCUCAUGGUAUCUGUGGAUCAGCUCAACUCUUCCUUCAAAGGGAAAGACCGUGCCAACAGUCAGAUGAGCGUAGUCACCAACACACUGUUAGAGGAGCUGGAGGAGUCUCAGAGGAAGUGUCCUCCCUGCUGGUACAAGUUUUCGAACAUCUUCCUCAUCUGGGAGUGCUGUCCCAUCUGGCUGAAGAUCAAGCACAUAGUUUACUUGAUUGUCAUGGACCCAUUUGUUGACUUGGCCAUCACCAUCUGUAUUGUUCUCAACACCCUUUUCAUGGCCAUGGAACACUAUCCCAUGACUCCGCACUUUGAGGAGGUCCUGUCUGUCGGCAACCUGGUAUUCACAGGGAUCUUUGCCGGAGAGAUGUUUGCCAAGCUGAUUGCCAUGGAUCCCUACUACUACUUCCAGGAAGGCUGGAACUGCUUUGAUGGCUUCAUCGUUACUCUGAGUUUAGUUGAGCUGGGACUGGCUGAUGUGGAAGGUCUGUCAGUGCUCAGAUCCUUCCGAUUGCUGAGAGUGUUCAAAUUGGCCAAAUCAUGGCCAACGCUCAACAUGUUGAUCAAGAUCAUUGGUAACUCAGUGGGAGCUCUGGGUAAUCUGACCCUGGUGCUGGCCAUCAUCGUCUUCAUCUUUGCCGUGGUGGGCAUGCAGCUGUUCGGCAAAAACUACAAGGACUGUGUGUGUAAGAUCGCGCAAUCCUGUGAGCUGCCACGCUGGCACAUGAACGACUUCUUCCACUCCUUCCUGAUUGUGUUCAGAGUGUUGUGUGGGGAAUGGAUCGAGACCAUGUGGGACUGUAUGGAGGUGGCAGGACAGAGCAUGUGCCUUAUCGUCUUCAUGAUGGUCAUGGUCAUCGGAAACCUGGUGGUGCUGAACUUGUUUCUGGCCCUGCUGCUGAGCUCGUUCAGCGCUGACAACCUUGCUGCCACAGAUGACGACGGUGAGCCGAACAACCUCCAGCUCGCAGUUGCCCGCAUCAAGUUGGGGAUUGCCUGGAUAAAGACCAACGCACGGGUGUUUGUAGCCACAGUGCUCAAGAAGCCUAUAGAAGAUGAACAGAAGCCUCUGGAUGAAAUGUGAAAGAAGCUCAACUGCAUUGCGAACCAUACAGUGGACAUCAACCGUGAACUGGACUAUCAAAAUGGCAAUGGCACCACCAGCGGCAUUGGGAGCAGUGUGGGAAAGUACAUGAUUGAUGAGGACUACAUGUCCUUCAUCCACAACCCCAACCUCACUGUCUGUGUUCCUAUUGCUGUUGGCGAGUCAGACUUUGAAAACCUCAAUACAGAAGACUUCAGCAGUGAAUCGGAUGUGGAGAACAGCAAAGAUCUGGAUGACACCAGUUCGUCUGAGGGCAGCACAAUAGACAUUAAGCCUGAUGUGGAGGAGGUGGCAGUGGUGGAGGUGGUGGAAGAGUAUCUUGACCCAGAAGCCUGCUGGACAGAUGAAUGUGUGGCCAAAUACAAGUGCUGUGAUGUUCCCAUCACUCAUGGCUGGGGGAAACACUGGUGGUUCCUGAGGAAAACCUGCUACCUUAUCGUAGAACACAACUGGUUUGAAACACUCAUCAUCUUCAUGAUCCUGCUCAGCAGUGGAGCACUGGCCUUUGAGGACGUGUACAUAGAGCAAAGGAAGACAGUCCGCAUCAUUCUGGAGUAUGCUGAUCGUGUUUUCACCUAUAUCUUCAUCCUGGAAAUGUUGCUGAAAUGGGUGGCCUACGGCUUUGUGAAAUACUUCACUAAUGCCUGGUGUUGGUUGGACUUCUUCAUUGUCGAUGUGUCUAUAGUCAGCCUUAUAGCUAAUGCGUUGGUCUCCGAUCUAGGCCCGAUUAAAUCACUCAGGACACUGAGGGCCUUGAGACCCCUCAGGGCCCUGUCACGUUUUGAAGGGAUGAGGGUUGUGGUGAACGCCUUGGUGGGUGCAAUCCCCUCCAUCAUGAAUGUGCUUCUGGUGUGUCUCAUCUUCUGGCUCAUUUUCAGCAUCAUGGGUGUCAACCUAUUUGCUGGGAAUUAUUUCUGUAACAAUGAAACAGCUGAGGAGAUAUUUCAACCGGAUGUAGUGAACAACAAAACAGAGUGCUUUGCAUUAAUUAAUGCAAAUUAUUCAGAAGUCAGAUGGAAAAAUGUCAAGAUCAAUUUUGACAAUGUAGGUGCAGGAUACCUGGCACUUCUGCAAGUGGCAACAUUCAAAGGCUGGAUGGACAUCAUGUAUGCAGCAAUAGAUUCUAGAAAGGUGGAGGAUCAGCCCAUCUAUGAGGACAACUUGUACAUGUACAUCUAUUUUGUCAUAUUCAUCAUCUUUGGAUCGUUCUUCACCCUAAACCUCUUCAUUGGUGUCAUCAUUGAUAACUUCAACCAGCAGAAGAAAAAGUUUUGGAGUCAGGAUAUCUUCAUGACAGAAGAACAGAAGAAAUACUACAAUGCCAUGAAGAAACUAGGGUCAAAGAAGCCACAAAAACCAAUACCCAGGCCCUCAGGUAAAUAUUUUUCUGCUAACAACAUCCAAGGCAUGGUGUUCGACUUUGUGACGCAACAAGUUGACAUCUCCAUCAUGAUCCUCAUCUGCCUCAACAUGGUCACUAUGAUGGUGGAGACAGACGAUCAGUCAAAGGAGACCGAGGAAGUGCUUUACUGGGUUAACUUCUUCUUCAUUGUGAUCCACCUGAGCGAGUUUCUUCUGAAGCUCUUUGCGCUGCGUCACUAUUACUUCACCAAUGGCUGGAACAUCUUUGAUGUGGUUGUGGUCAUCCUUUCAAUUGUGGGCAUGUUCCUGGCUGACCUGAUUGAGAAGUACUUUGUGUCACCAACGCUCUUCAGGGUGAUCCGUCUGGCUCGUAUCGGCAGAAUCCUGCGUCUCAUCAAAGGUGCCAAAGGAAUCAGAACUCUGCUGUUUGCCAUGAUGUCCCUUCCGGCUUUGUUCAACAUUGGCCUGCUGCUUUUCCUGGUUAUGUUCAUUUUCUCCAUCUUUGGCAUGUCCAACUUUGGCUACGUGAAACAUGGGGCUGGAAUUGAUGACAUGUACAACUUUGAGACCUUUGGCAACAGCAUGAUCAUCCUGUUUAUGAUCACCACGUCAGCUGGCUGGGACGGCCUGCUGCUGCCCAUCCUCAACUACCCCCCAGACUGUGACCCCUUCUUAGAAAACGCUGGCACCCCCGCCACGGGAGACUGCGGCAACCCGUCUGUGGGCAUCUUCUUCUUUGUUAUGUACAUUUCAAUUUCUUUCCUAAUUGUGGUCAACAUGUACAUCGCCAUCAUCCUGGAGAACUUCAGCGUGGCCACGGAGGAGAGUGCCGACCCGCUCAGUGAGGACGACUUUGAGAUUUAUGAAAUUUGGGAGAAGUUUGACCCUGAUGCCUCCCAGUUCAUCACCUAUGCCAAGCUUUCUGACUUUGCUGAUGCACUUGAACACCCGCUCCGUGUCCCCAAGCCGAACACCAUUGAGCUGAUCGCAAUGGAUAUGCCUAUGGUGAGUGGAGACCGCAUCCACUGUCUGGACAUCCUGUUUGCCUUCACCAAGCGCGUGCUGGGUGACAGUGGCGAGCUGGACAUGUUGAGGCAACCAAAUGGAGGAGCGUUUGUGGCGGCCAAUCCCUCCAAGGUCUCUUACGAGCCGAUCACCACCACUCUGAGGCGCAAGCAGGAGGACGUGUCUGUCAGAAUCAUUCAAAGGGCCUACCGCUCCUACCUGGCUCGGCGGGGUUUUGUCUGUAAGCGCAAACCAGCCAACAACAAAGUGGAGAAUGGUGGUAACAAUCAGGAACAGGAAAAGGGAUGGGCACUCCCUCCAACUGCCUCCCUGCCCUCUUAUGACAGUGUAACCAAGCCUGACAAGGAGAAACAGGAUGACAACAAUGAGGGCAAGCAAGGGAGGAAAGAGAAAGGAAGAAACCAAAAAGACAUCAGGGAAUCUAAAUGUUAGGGCGGUGGAUUAAUAAUCACAGUAAUAACAAUAAGAUUAUAAUAAUGUAACUUCAAGCAAAGCGAGAGGAAACUCACCCAACACAGAUGUACAGAUUAUUUCAUUUGCAAGUCAGAAAAAAAAAUAGUAUUCAAUAAUUUUGUUUACAGACUUCAUUCUUAUACUGAUGCAGAGGGAAGCAGCUUGGUCUGUUACAGCUUGAAGACUCUUGAACUUUAGUCAAACCAAACAUAAUCAGCAUACUGUGUGACAUUGUUGUAUCUAGACUACUGACCUUAACAAGGAAAAUGAAAAGACAGGAACAUGUCUGUUGCUCACUUACCACUGGUCUACAGAUAAGACAAGUAACUCUACACCAAGAGGUGGAAUGAAAAAAAAAAAACAGGAAUCCAGCACCUGGAUGCAAGUAACGGAUUCCUAUGGAAGACAGUGUUGUCGAAGUAAAACAAGGAUGCUGCUUGAUGCUGAAGAAUUGUCCUCUUAAAGCAGCCAGUGAGGGUUGCUGUGUCGUUUAGCACUGAAACAUAUAGAGGAGCAAAUGACACACUCACUCUGUGAGCAAACAGAAGGAUGACUGGUGAGGGAAAGACACAAAUAGAAGAGUGUUGGAAGUACGUUUUGUUUUCUUAAAGCUAGAAAUUGUUGAUUUGAGCAGCAAAAAUGCAAACAGAUAAAAAAAGAACAAUAUUCAACAGUUUGCCCAUGUCAUUCAACUCUUCUACUCAUUUUAUCUUUGUUAUACCCACAUCAAUAUGCUUUUUUUUAACAUGGGCUUUCACACCAAAUUGGUUAAGGGUCUGUUUAUUAUGGGGUCAACUCGGGCCAAGGGCUUACAUUUACUCAGAAAGAUUUCCAAACAAAUACAUAAGUAAUUGUGCUUGUUCAAUGCAUAGAAAUGACUUGCAUGAUGGCAUGUUUUGAUCAGAAAUCUUGCAUGAAUUAUCAUAGUCCACAAGACACUAAUACUCAGACCACAAAGGUGGCUCGACUGUAUGAUCGAGACAUUGUCAUAAUUUGAAAGUUCAGAGUAAUUUGUUCAACAGAGAUAAGUGACAUGGGGGUUGAUCAUCAAAAAUAGAUCCAACAUUUUUAUCGCAUCACUCAACACAUUUCAGAUGUUUAAAUUGUUGCCUCUAUAGAUGGAAGAAUAAAAUGGUUAUGGUUAUGUGGGUGAAAUCCAAACCAUUAUUUGCUGCUCUGGAGAUUUUGAGUGUAUAAGAUGUGGUAAGAGUCUGCGUGUAUCAUGGGAAUGAAGUGUUUGUUAAUCUGGACUGAAAUAUUUUCAAGGACGCAACACUUUGAAACAAAAAAGCUUAUAUUUAUGAUUUGUAUGCACCGAUGUAAUGUUCCAUACCAUCUGCCUUUAUUUUUGUGUGAGCGGGCAUUUUGGGAGUCCUACUGUCGGUGGUUUGUGGGGAUUUCACAGGUAUGGCAAACUCCUUUGUAUUUCUGAUGUUUCUCUGUGGGCGGUUAGACCUUUCUGAAAGGGCUGAGAAGAGUCUGGAUUAUUGUUCGGUUUGCAUAAUUUGAUUUCACAUAGCUUAUUUACAUAUGUGUAAAUGUGUUUUUGUUUGUUAGUUUGUUUUCCCUGAUGUAAUUUCCAUGUUUCGGUGGGCGAUGAGUCUUAUUUUACACAGCUGUAUAAGCCACAUUAAGCCAAGAGGGAAUCAGUCUUGUGUUGGAACAUAUUUGCUGGGUGUUUGAGUCGUAUCCUAUUUUAACGAGAAACAAAAAUGAUGAGUGACUGAUGAGAACAUUGUGUGUGGAGAAGCCAAAGAGAUCUGCCUUGUUAUCCCUUGUUGCCCUUUGUCCAUGGAGUGGGAUUGGGUGAAGUAUGCCCGGCCCGUUCUGUUUAUCGCUGUCGUUAUUAGACAGAGAGACCCUAGAAAUGUAUGCAAUGCUUGAAAAAUUCAUCCCUUUUUCUCAGGAGAUAUUAUAGAUGUACUAUUAUGAGCUCUGCAACAAAAUGCAAGUGAAUGUGAUGGAAGUAUUUAUGAAAUCAUGUUUUACUCUUUUUGUUUUAUGCCAUGUUGAUGGACAAUGAUCUCGGCUGGCUGUCCCACGUUGAUGGCCGCCCGGUCAGGGGCCAGUUUAGUGCUUCCUGCUUAUGAUGCUUGGAACUAUAGGGCUAGAAAGCAUCUCAAUGAAAAGGCAAACAUUGCGCUCACUUGUAAUAGUGACAUUUAUACUGAUAGCGGAUUACAUUUGUGGUUAAGUCAUUAUGGACUGUAGUCUGGUCUCAGUUAAUUUCAGCGAACAAAACAACAAUGUUCACCCUGAUAGCAAACACAGAUACAGGAAACACUGUGAGGAGAUGUCAUGAGAGUGAAUUGGGAUAUGUUGGUUUUGAGCAGCACACAGAAUUCUUUCCGAAGCAGGAGUGGAACGAUCAGUGGAUAGGCCCCAGAUUUCAGUAUUUAACAAGUGCUCUGAGCCUCUCAUUUGCCAUUUUUUCUUCAUAUUGCUCUACUGCGUAACAAAUACCAAAUAACCAACAGAGCACUGGAUGCAUUCUUAUGGUACUGUGAGCCUAAGCACCACACCAGAGCUUUUGCACUCCCUGUUGUGCAGUGAUGUCACUUACUGUUUAUGAAUAAUUCCCUCAUCCGUUUUCAAGUUCCAUGUUCCAGUUGCUGCAUGAGAUCUCCAAAUUCAGUGUGGGUGUUAACUUGAACCAAAUAAAACUCUGAAUGAUAAGCAUUAAAGCUACUGCCGUCCAUUUUCUCCAAGAUCUCCAUGGAUUAAAGAUUUGUGUGACGGAAAGAAACCUAAAAAUAAUUUUUUUAAAAAGUGAAUACACAUACAUUCAUUUGGGUGGGGGAAAAUAAGAAUUAAAAUUCAGGCUAAGUUCUAUAGGGCACAAACUGCAAAAGCAAAGACUGGACUUUUUAAGAGACUAUAAAUAAUGUAAUAUAUUAUUUUAACAGCAUGUGUAGUUUUUUUGUAAAUACAAGAUUACUUUAAAAAAAAACUACAGCUAUUAAUCUAACACUAAAUAUUAAUAACCAUAAAUAGAAUGGCUUCCAGCUGACACCCCUUGUCACACUUGUUAGGCUGUGACGCAUUUGUUAGAUGGAAUAGAUUUUUUUGAGUCACUUUUCACAAAAAAGAGGGGAGUAAGCUAAAAGAAUCUAUAUUAAAGAGCAGAAAUUGUAUUUAAAACUGUAUAAAUCAAUACGUACAUAUACAGAGCUAUAUUAAAUAUAUAUUAUAUAUAUGUUCGACCACAUAUAUAUAUAGUAUAUAUAAUACUAGAACAAUGUCUGUAAAUCAACUCUCCUGUCCACUCCUUGUAUUGAGGUGAAACCAGAACCACAGAGUGUAACUGAUCAUGAUUCUUUCUUUGUGUGGUAUGUUCAGAGAAUAACCAAAACUCUGGCCUGCCCAGGACUUCUGCAUACUGGGUACCAGCGUACAGUGCAUGGUGUUGUACUGGCUGCUUGCUGAAAAUUGUGGAGCCUGCCUUGGUGAGAGGAUUGCACUACCAGCAUACCCUUUUGUACAUGUGUGAAGAUGUCUUGCCCCUAGUUUCCUAUAUUGUACACACGAAGUUAUACAGAUACAGACAGACGGACACACACUCACACUCACAGCCUUUUUGCAGGCGACUGCUGGUCAACCAGUGUGCCCCAGUAUGAGCCACAGCUCACUUUGUGUGACAAAAAAAAAAUGUUUUGCUUGCUGCAGCUCUAACCCUCCAUGUUUCCCCCCUUAACACGCUGCUGCGGUUUGGAGUUGAUCUUUCAUUUUUGCUGUCACUUUCAAUAUGAUAUAUCUAAUGAUUUAAGGGUUAGUUGUCUUAACUGUCUGUGUGUUUGUUUAUGGUGCAAUAUCUCUUAACGGCACGUGCCUUUUUAGCUUUCUAUUUAGUCUGUCAAUAAAAUCAGCAGCGAGGAUCUCAACACCCAUGGGAGUGAAUCAAAACGGAGCACGAUAGAAAAACGAUGUAUUGAGUUCGAAAUUAACUUAAACUGAAAAACUCACCACCUAGAUUAGACUGUCUGGACUAACAUCUUGUAGAGUCAUGUAGUACAAGUGCUCUCUCUGUGUGUUCUGUUUACUGGCUCUCGGGCUAGUAAAAGAACAGCUUGCCUUCUGUUUUACACGUUUUGUUCAUUUCCAGAUGUUGGUUUACCAGUCGGUAUAAGAGGCCAUUCUUUUGUAGCAUGACUGAGAUAAAUUUCUUUUCUUUGAAAAUAGGUUAACUGAAAAAAGCCCUUUUGACUGUCAUUAUCUCUUGCCACUAAUACAGUCAGAAAGAGGACAUGUGUUGCACAACCACAUGGGACAAUUAAAUGAGAAUCGGUGAAAGAAUGUCUUCAUUUGAGCACGAAUCUAUUUCCAAACAAUAAAGCAGCCUUCCAGUUA